CUAAGCAAUUGAAAACAUAAAAAAGAAGAGAAUCCAUAUAAUUUAUUGUAUAAAUCUAUUUUAUGAACUAAAAAAGUAUAACACUAAUUGACAAUGUCAACUUCAAUAUUAACCGCUGAAUGUCUUGAUAAAUUUGUAACUAUUUCAAAGCCAAAUAUAGUUUCUGAUGAUCAUAUACAAAGCUUAGACCUAGAUAUAAAUGAUUGUUUGCCAAAAUUUAAACUUAAUGAACCUGGUCCUACUGCUCUUGCAAGUAGUGUAUUUCAGCAAAAUAAUAUAGUUCAAGAUGAAUCUGAUCAAUCAUUUGUUGUUUUGGGUAAAACAUCAAUAGAAUCUGUUAGAGAAGCUUCUUUAACAAAAUUUAUAGAAAUACAAAAAACAUGUACUAGCACAGAUAAAAAUUUUUUAAUAUCAUCUAAGAGUCCUUUAGAUAUAGAAGAAAAUUUUAAAAAAGUAUUAAAAGAAAAUAUAAAAUUAAAAGAAAUUGUAAAAGAAAAUAACAAUGCUAUAAAACAACAAUUUAAUGCAAUAACAAUGUGGCAAAAAGAAGUUAUGACAGUUUGUGAUAAUCACAAACAAAAAUUUUUAGAAACUAAGGACUUAAUAAGUCAUUUGAAAAAAGAAAAUGAUGAGUUACGUGAACAAGUUGCCGACAAGAUUUCUCUAAAUAGUAUUCCAUCAGAUUUGAGUUUAAAUAUUGCAUAUUUUGUUGAAAAAGAUAUACAAAAGGCUCAAACAAAUUUAUCAAAAGAAGAUCAGCUUUUGAAAAAAUCAACUAUUUUAUCACAAGAACUAAGUAAGGAAUUUGAAGAUUUUUAUGCCAUAAAUAUAGAUUUAUUUAAUCAAUCGCUCCAGAAUGUUAAUAAAAAAGCAAUUUCUAAACAAAAAUCUGGUUCAUCUGAUCCCCUAGAAUUGCAGAAACAUGUUGAUGAAUGUUGUGACAAAGAUCUAGAAUUAAAGUAUCAUAAAGAAAUAAUUACAUCAUUAGAACAACAGAUUAAAAAAAUGACUGAAAAUGUUUUCCCAGUAUUUGAUCUAGUAGUUGAUACAUCUAUACCAAAUUCCAAAGAUAAAUAUAUAUUGCAGGAAAAUAUUGAAUUUUACAAUAAAAAAUUAGCACAGCUUGGCAAAUGUUUUGCUUCACAAUGUUCUAGGUAUCUUCAAAUACAAAAUAUAUUAAAAGAAAGUGAUAGUAUUAUUAAUAUUUUUGAAAAUUCUGAGAUUUCAGUUAAUAAUGAUAAAGCGAAAAAUUAUAAAGAUAAAUUAUGUCUUUAUCGUAAAAGAUUAAUUGAUGAACAAUUAGAAAUCAUUAAUGACAGGCAAAUAACUAUACAAGUACAAAAACAAUUUCAAAAAAUAUUAUCAGAUUAUAAUUCUAUUAUUUAUAAAUUAGAAAUUUUAAAAGAUGAAAAUUCAAAACUAUUAAUAAUGCAAAACAAAUUAACAGAAGAAAAUUCUCAAAAAUUAGUAGAAAUUGAAAAAUAUAUUAAUCAAGAAAAAAAAAAAUUAGAUAAUGAAAAAACUAAUUUAUUAGAAGAACGAUUAAUUCUUCAAAUUGACAAGAAAUUGAUUAUUGAAGGAAAAGAAAAAAAUUCAGCAGAAUAUAAUAUUAUAUUAUUAGAAAAAGAAAAACUUAUUGAAGAAAGAGAAAAUUUAUUACAAGAAAAAACUUCACUUGCUUCUCAAAGUAGAAUAUCUGAUGUUGAAAUAACAUUACAAAACGAAAAGAAAAUUUUAGAAAAAAAAUGUAAAGACUUGUCUAACAAAGUUAAUUAUUUGAAUGAAGAGUUGAAUAAAAGUAAUGAAAUUGUGCAUCGGUUAAAGGGAAGCGAAGAGACAGUUGUGGCUUAUAGUAUACAAAUGGAAAUGUAUGAAAAAGAAUUUAAAGAAAUGUGCAUUACACAUAAAAAUUUACAAGAUCAGUUUCAAGUACUUUCAAUGACAAAUCUACAAUUACAAUCAAAUAAUGUUUAAAAAAUUCAUUAAAAAGUUCUAUGAUUGAUGGAGUCGAAGAGAUUAUUACCAUCGGUGGAUCGAAUGUUGCCAUAGAAUUGAUAAUGUUGAUCGUCUUUGCUGGAGUUUCUAUUUUGACUACAGCAGCAUUAAUACUGGAUGAUUUCUACGAUACAGAGAAUUAUAAUAAUGAUUCAACAAAACCAAAAAGUGCUGAUGAAAAUUCCACAAAAAUAACUAAA